AUGGAUAGCAUCGCCGUCCACUCGCCGUCGCUGCGGGAACUCUCUAUGGAGAGCAGUAACACAUGGACAAGCUGUAUCGAUGUCGAGGCGCCCGUGCUUGAGCAGUUGAACCUGUCUUUCCAUGCCCGUGGCGACCUUAGGGUCUUCGUCUUGGCACCAAUGGUGGAGAAGCUCUCAUGGCGGUGCUCCUAUGCUAAGCCCAUGUACAGGCUUGGUCUCUGGGGCCUCUUGGAGGUCGGCUUACACGCUACAGACACCGGGAAAGGCACAUGCUUGCAGCUCACGGCGUGCAUGUCCUGUCCCUGCACAUGGCUGCCCAAAUUUCUAAAUGCAGAGCACACCUUUGCCGCAGAGAUUGAUAAACAUAUGGUUACCAAAUUCUCUGGUUUGGACCUGCAUCUCAGAACCACAGGGCAUGUUUUUGGAGCAUUUGUGUUGCGUCUCAUUGGGAUGCAUCGGAUUGGUAGGGCUAUUCGGAACCUUAGGAUCGUCCUACUAAGGUCAGAGGUGAAAGAAGCAUGCCCAAUAAAUUGUCUCUGUGAUGAGCCCAAAGACUGGAGGACACAAACUAUCUCCAUGGCUGAUCUUGAAACCGUGGAAAUUGAAGGUGUCGACGGGGAGGAUCAUGAGUUUGAUUUUCUGAAAGUGAUCUUUACAUGUGCUCCAAUGCUUAAAAGAGUGACUCUAAGAUUGGCAGAUGGUGUUACCCCAAGUGUCGAUUGGAUGUUUGAGCCGGAUAAAUAUCCCGGCCUUGAUGAUUAUUACGAGGAGAAGCAUCGUGCUGUGCUUGUGGAAAGAGGGGAGGUUCCUCCAGUACUUCGGUUGAGAGGCCACAACCCACGUGAGUCACUGAGGUAUGACCGUCGCUACGAGCCUUAUUUUAGAAGAAUGGAUCUUCUCCAGUUUGUGCUCAACUUUAAAGGCACACCACCAUGGCUGAACUCGACGGCCAUUACCGCCCUUACGGACCAUUGGAGGCCGGAGACGCACUCUUUUCACCUUGCUCUUGGUGAGAUGACCGUCACUUUGGAGGAUAUUGCGAUGAUCUCCGGUCUUUUGAUCGAGGGGAGGGCUCUUACCGGGAAGGUGAAGUCCGAGGGGUGGCGACAAAGGGUUGCAGGUUUGGUUGGUGUUGAACCUCCCGAGUGGAUUCAUGAAACAAAGAAGGAUCCUAGGCCAUCUGGUGUUUUGUUCUCGUGGCUACAAGAACAUUUUUACGAGUGCCCAGAGAAUGCCAGUCCGGCUGUUGUGGAGAGGUACGCAAGGGCUUACUUAUGGAAUCUUAUGACCCAAGUGGUGUUUCCUGACGGCACGGGAGACACAGCCUCCUGGAUGUUCUUGGACCCUCUUCGUAACUGGGAUGUUAAGUGGAGUUGGGGGUCGGCGGCACUAGCCUUCUUGUACCGUCAGUUGGACGGAGCAUGUAUGAGGAGUAAGCCGAAAUCUUGUCUUGGUGGUUUUGUUUGGGCCCUACAGAUUUGGAUGUGGGAGCGUAUCCCUGUGGGCCAUAACUUGACCAUUGCUCCGGAAGAACCUUGGGAGUGGCCUUUUGACGGGGAUGAGGAGCGGUAUCCCACUAUCGCAUACACGUGGGCUAAUGUCCAAGUGUCUAGUAUCGCAGCCAUGGGGCGGUACAAGGCAUACAUAAGCGAGCUUGACAUGCUUACUUACAACCAGGUAAUUAUCAAAUGCCUUGCUAUCAAUUCAGUUUUUUUGUUGUUGUGCAUGGGCUAG